AUGUCUCAGCUUAUGGAAAGGAUGGCAGGCUCCCACGUCCUGUGGCUGGCCUUGGCCUUCUGCAUUCUGACCCCGGCUCCUACAGAGCAGCAAGGCGUGGGAUCCUGUGUAGACUCCAGUUCCAAUGGGCUGGUCUCGGAGUGCGGAGCCCCUGGGGCCCCAGAGCCCCCCCUCUGUUUUGACCCCUGCCGCAAUUACACCGUCCUGGACGACCCCUCCCGAAGCACGGAGGACACCGAGAGAGCCCAGAAGUGUGACACGGCCUUGCACGGCUGGUUUCGCUUUGUGGGAGAGGGAGGCGUGAGGAUGCCAGAGACCUGCACCCCAACCUACCGAUGCCAGACGGAGGCUCCCAUGUGGCUGAGCGGGGCCCACCCGGCCCUCAGGGAGGGCACCGUCACCCGCACGGUUUGUGCCCACUGGUCAGGCAACUGCUGUUACUGGAGCACGGAGAUACAGGUGAAAGCCUGUCCGGACGACUACUAUGUGUACCGGCUGGAGGGCAGCCCCACGUGUAACCUGAGAUAUUGCACAGAUCCCUACAGUGCGGAGGACAGGUGUAACAAGACUUGCAACCCGGAGCAAGAAUGUGCCUUUCUCAAUGGCACCUGGGGCUGUGCCUGCAGACAGAACCGCAACAGCUCCGAUGUCGACAGUCUGGAGCCGCAGCUGGACUGCGGAGCCCAGCAGAUCACGGUGUCGCUGGACAGGUGUCAGCUGGAAGGCCUGGGUUUCAGAGACGAGGUCAGAGCUUACCUGCAGAACCAGAGCUGCAGCAGCAUCAUACAAAGAGAAGAGAGGAACUCGGUGUCCGUGACCAGUCCUACUCGGGCCAAUGCCUGCGGGAACAUUCUAGAGAAAAAUGGAACCCAUGCGAUCUACAAAAACACCCUCUCCUUGUUCAACGACUUCAUCAUCAGAGACACCAAGGUCAUCAUCAACUUCCAGUGUGCCUACCCACUGGACAUGAAAGUCGGUCUCCAAUCUGCCCUGCAGCCCAUUGUAAGCUCCAUCAACAUCAGCCUGGGCGGGGAUGGAGAGUUUACGGUCAGGAUGGCCCUCUUCCAAGACCAGAGCUACACGUCGCCUUACGAAGGGGCUGCAGUGGUGCUGUCUGUUGAGUCCAUGCUCUACGUGGGCGCCAUCUUGGAGAGAGGGGACACCUCCCGGUUUAAGCUGCUGCUGAGGAACUGCUAUGCCACCCCCACUGAAGACAAGACUGACCCCGUGAAAUAUUUCAUCAUCAGAAACAGCUGCCCAAAUCAACAGGACUCCACCAUCAACGUAGAGGAGAAUGGGGUAUCCUCUGAAGGCCGGUUCUCUGUGCAGAUGUUCAUGUUUGCUGGAAAUUAUGACCUAGUUUUCCUGCACUGUGAGGUCCAUCUCUGUGACUCCCUCCAGGAACAGUGCCAGCCAUCUUGUUCAAGAAAUCGGCUCCGCAGUGAAGCAGAGGUGAUCAACCCAGCAAUGAUUCUAGAUUUGGGACCCAUCACUCGGAGAAGUGCCCCGUCUGCUGGUGCCAUGAACGGAACGCCCCGCACCGCAGGGUUCCUGGUGGCCUGGCCUGUGCUCCUCCUGCCUGUCCUCCUGGCUGGGCUGUUGUGA